AUAUACUCCAAAUCGUAUUGGUGCACUGAACUUAGAAUUCUUCAAAGAAUACUCUAAGUUGUGUGAGGACACAUUUGUCUAUUGCAGUAUGGGACUAUCGUACACCAGAUAUGCAUAUUCUAUAAAUGAAAUCCAAGUGGUAAAUGGGCCAG